UUUUUAGUUUUCCUUCUUCUUUUGAUUUGGUAUUGUCUCAUUUAAAAUUAUUAUAAUAUAUCUACUUAUUCUAUAUUCUUUCCUAAUUUCCUUCUUUUUCUUAUUUUGAACCUCUCAUGGCUAAUAAAUUAUUAUUCAAUAUUGAUUCAAAUUCAAAUUCAAAUACAAAUUCAAACUCAAAAUCAAAGUCAAAUUCUAAUUCAAACCCUUUAAUCGAAAGAAAUCAUUCUGUUCAAAAAAACUAUUUUAACAAUUUAUUAUCUGAUCCUUUAAUUUUUAUCCCAGCAAAACACACUGAUAUUUCAACUUUGAAACCUUCUUCUUAUAUUUUGAUUUCUAAUCAAAUUACUCCAAAAAAUAUUCCACAAAGUAUUCCACAAAGUAUUCCACAAAAUAACCAAAAAAACAAUACUAUCACUGAAAAUUCCCAAAACAAUUUAACCUCAUUCAAUAAAAAUCCUAAUAAAAACAAACCUUUAACUUUUUCAAAAAAACCAACUUCAAUGGCUGAAGCAAUCGCUCUAUACACUAGGUCAAAAUCUUUAAAAAAAACUCCUGAUAAAAAUCACACUCAUUCAAAUAAUAUUGAUAAACUUAAUGAAAUACUCUCAACCGAUGAUUCUCAAGACGAUCAAUCUCAAAAUAACUCAAUUAUCGACCAAUUUCCUUCAACCUUCCAAAAAAGCAGCACCAAUCAUACUGGUAAUGACGAUGAAGAUGAAGAUGAAAACGACGAUGACGAUGAUGAUGAAGAUGAGGACUAUAUAGAAAAUGAAUCAGAUCAUAUGAAUACAGAAUCAAGUGAUUCUAGCGAUCCUAAUGAUACUAAUGAAUCUAAUGAAUAUGAACUCGGUGGUAAAAUAUUAAUUAAAAAUGUAAAUGAUGAAAAUUUCAAUAAAAUGUUAAACCAAUUGGACUCUUUAAUAGACUCAAGUGAUUUAGAUAUAAAUAAACUAGACAAGUUUAAUUCUUUAAACAAUGAAAUUUUUAAUCAUGAAACAGAAGAAACGAAGCAAGAAAAUGAAAAUGAAAAUGAAAACCAAGAAGAUGAUGAUGAUGAUGAUGACGACGACGAUGAUGAUGAUGAUGAUGAUUACGAUCUAGAUUCCGAAGAUGAAGACACGACUAUAAAUAGGAUUAAAAAUAAAGAAAAUGAAAAAAGAUUACAAGAAAAAUUGGAAUUGAAAAAAGAUUUAGGAGUUGAUUUAAAAUUAUUAAAUGAAGAAUAUCUAAGUAGUCAAAAUAAUUUAUCCACAACGCCACCUUUAUUAGAUAGUGAUAAAUAUAAUAAUGAUGCUACUAAUCCUAAUAACAAAAACACUAAUCUUCAUGAUGAUAAUAAAAAGUUUAAAAACUCUGACAAUUUUAGUGUUAAUAAUAAAAUUAUUAUUCAAAAUAGUGAUCAUAAUGAAAAUAUCAAUGAUCAUAAUGAGAACGGUAAUGACAACAACAACAACAAUAAUAAUAAUAAUAAUAAUAAUAAUAAUAGUUAUUAUUAUAGUAGUAAUGAUGAAGAUGAGAUUGAAGAAUAUGGAAUGAUUGGAAAAUUAUUUAAUAAUAACGAUUUUUAUGAGAUUAAUGAAAAAAAUUAUGAUAAUGGAUCUAAUGGGUCUCAAAAAAUCAAUAAAUGUUGGGGUAAAGAAUUAAUUAAUUUAAAACCAGUUGGACUAUUAAAUAACGGUGUAACAUGCUAUAUGAAUUCAGCUAUUCAAGCGAUGAUUCAUAUUCCUGCUCUUCAACAUUACUUAAUCGAUAUACAUAAUAAGAAAUACGAUGAAAUACUAGAUAAAACAUCAGUUAGUAAGGUAUUUGCCGAUGUAGCCUAUAAAAUGUGGUCAUUAGAUUUAUUAGAAAAUAACAACAGUAACAAUAACAACAGUAACAAUAACAACAACAAUAACAAUAACAAUAACAAUAGAAAAUUGAGAAAUAGAAAGAAAAAAAUGAAAAAAAUGAAAAAAGAAAGAUCGCAUGUUAAUCCAAAGAGAUUAAUUAAUAGAUUAGGGGAUAUCAACUGUAUGAUGAAUGUUUGGCAACAAGAAGAUUCACAUGAAUAUUUCAUGUCAUUAAUGAGCCGAUUACAAGAAGAUGGCACACCCAAGGGACACAAAUUAAACGAAAGUAUAAUAUAUGAUAUAUUUGGUGGGCUAUUACAUCAAGAGGUUGUUUGUAAGAAUUGUUCAUAUGUUUCAAAAACUAAGCAGGAGUUUUAUGAUUUGAGUUUAAAUUUAGAAUCUCGAAAAAGGAAAAGCAAUAAGAGCAAGAGCAAAAACAAGAGUAAGAGUAAGAGUAAGAACAAUAAUACUGCUAAUGGGGUUUUAAAUGGAGAUUUGCGAACAGAUUUAAAGGGAAAAAACAAUAAAAACGAAGACGAUAAUAAAAGGAAUGAUUUAUUAAUUAGGGUGAAUGGAACAGAUAGUAACCAUAAUGGUAAUAAUGAUAACAAUAAUAAUAAUAAUAAUAAUGAUAAUAAUAAUAAUGAUAAUAAUAAUAAUGAUAAUAAUAAUAAUGAUAAUAAUAAUAAUAAUAGAGAUGACCAGACAAAUAAUGAUGUUAGUCAUACCAAUAAUAACAACCAUAAUAAUGGUGAUAAUAACAGCACUACUGCUAGUAGUAGUGCUACGACUACGACUACGGCUACGAUUACCAUUAAUAAUAAUAAUAAUAAUAAUAAUAAUAAUAAUAAUAAUAAUAAUGGUGAAAAAGUCAAGAGAGAGAAAUACAAUAUGAAUAACUCAUUGAAAGAUUUUUUCUCUCCUGAACUAAUUAAAAUGGAUAAGAAGGAUAAGAGUGUGGGAUAUGUUUGCGAAAAGUGCAAGCAAAGAACCAAUGCAAUUAAGUUGAAUUUGAUUGAACGAGCCCCAGAGACAUUGGCAAUCCAUAUCAAGAGAUUUCGAUACGAUGGAAACUCCAAUUCGUCAUCUAAGGUCAAGCAUUGUGUGAAAUACCCAUUGUACUUGGAUCUAAGCGACUACCAAAUCAAGAACCACAGAAAAAUUGAGAAAAUCAACCGAAAGGAAAUGGAGGAAAAUGAGCUCAGCAAAAGAGAUGUGGAUGCUCUCAGGUACCAGUUGAUCUCUGUGGUGAACCACGAAGGCAGGUCCAUUUCGUCUGGACACUACAGAUCGUACUGCCGACAGCCAGAUGGUGAGUGGUACUCGUACGACGACGAGUACAUCAACAAGAUCUCCGAAAAGGAGGUGCUUCGAGAGGGAAACGCCUACUACUUGAUCUACACAAGGUUGAGAAGCAAGAGCAGCAAGCGCGAGAGCGAGGUAGCAGAGGCAACAAGCCACAAGCGCCAGAGAGUAUAGAGGCAGGAGCAGCAGAGGCAG